CAACCCGUUUUUAAGUUCCAACUUGCACCGAAUGUCCUAGUAUCCUUUUCCUUUUCAACUUUUGUUAUUGACAGAGUGAAAGAACAGCAAAGCAAAAGCACAGCAAUGGCGGAUCCAGUUAAGAAUAAACUGUUGAAAGAAGAAAUCAUUACCUACGCUUACCUUAUCCUCUACAUCGCUCUCUCGAGCGGUCAAAUCUUCUUCAACAAGUGGGUUUUGUCAUCUAAGGAAAUUAACUUUCCUUACCCCCUUGGAUUGACUCUGCUUCACAUGGCCUUCUCCUCUAUACUAUGUUUUUUACUCACUAAAGUCUUUAAGGUUAUGAAAGUUGAGGAGGGAAUGACCAUGGAAAUAUACACGACAUCUGUUAUCCCAAUUGGUGCAAUGUUUGCAAUGACUCUUUGGCUGGGAAACACUGCCUACCUUUAUAUAUCUGUCGCAUUUGCACAAAUGCUGAAGGCAAUUAUGCCGGUGGCUGUUUUCAUACUUGGAGUAGCAGCAGGACUGGAGGUAAUGAGCUGCAGAAUGCUUUUGAUAAUGUCAGUGAUAAGUUUUGGUGUUCUAGUUGCUUCCUACGGAGAAGUAAAUAUUAGCUGGAUUGGAGUUGUUUACCAAAUGGGUGGUGUUGUUGGAGAAGCUUUAAGACUUAUAUUCAUGGAGAUCUUGGUCAAGCGAAAGGGUCUUAAAUUAAACCCCAUAUCUAUCAUGUAUUAUGUUAGCCCUUGCAGUGCUCUUUGUCUGUUUAUUCCUUGGAUCUUCCUGGAGAAACCAAAGAUGGAAGCCCAUGGGACGUGGAACUUUCAGCCUGUUGUGCUAACACUCAACUCUCUCUGCACAUUUGCACUCAACUUAUCGGUUUUCCUAGUGAUCUCACAUACUAGUGCUCUAACCAUUCGUGUUGCUGGAGUUGUCAAGGAUUGGGUGGUUGUUUUAGUAUCUGCACUUCUUUUCGCAGAUACAAAGUUGACAGUCAUAAAUUUAUUUGGUUAUGGAAUUGCCAUUGCUGGUGUGGCUGCAUAUAAUAAUUACAAGUUGAAGAGGGAAGCUUCUCGCCAUAUCUCUGAUGACUCCCAAGAUGCCCAGGCCAUUCCGAUGGCUGCAUCAUCAACUCCACCUGUUUAUAACACAGUGCAGGAAAACGUCAUGUCCAGACCUUUUGAUGACAGAUUUGCUGUAGCCUUAACUUGUGCUAUUGAUUCUGCAGCAGAAUAUUGGGGUCGGAAAUUACUCGUAAUUUCUGAUCAGCAAAUGUUUCUGCAAGGCCUGGUAGGAAUUGUAGAUCUUUGA